AGGCAGAUGCUCUAAAUAUCGAUUUUUCUGGGAGUAGCUCGUCAUCCCUGUGUUCCGACAGCACGCUGCUCUAUGAGUUAGCUCGACUCAGCACAUUUUCAACAAAACAAUAUUCCUAACUCUGCCACCAUGACGGAUCCGAGGAUAAGACAGAUCAAAAUCAAAACGGGAAUCGUUAAAAGGCUGGCGAAGGAAAAGGUCUCGUACAUCUCCGAGGAAAAGGAGCAAGAGCAGAAGAUCGAGCGCCUGAAAGCAGAGGAUGGAGACGUUUACGUCAUCAAGAAACAGAUGGAGGUGCUGCAGGAGUGCAAAAUGAUGAUUCCAGACUGUCACCGCCGUCUGGCCGUCGCACACGCAGACCUGCUUCAGCUGAUCGAAGCAGAGGAGGACCUGGCGGAAUCGGAGGAGUACAAAGAGGCCAGGACGGUGCUGGACUCGGUGAAGCUCGACGGAUGAUGCCUUCCUGUUCUCCAGCGCCUAGAACGUCCAUUCCUUUCAUCAGGCCUUCUCCGGUGGAGGCCAGCCCGGUUCACUCAUAGUUUCUGCUCUGUUGUAAUUAUUUCUACUUUGUGAAAACCACAAGAAAACGAUAAAAAUCUUCACUUUGUCCUGAAGAAA